AUGGGUUCAAAGGGCAACAGAGGUGUGGCGAUCGUAAGCAAGAUAUAUUGCUCAUCACAUGAGGAGGUGCUGGUGGUGAGGAGGAGGCCGCAUGUGGUGAUGGGAGGAGGUUUUGUGGUGACAGAUUCUGCUCACAACGUUAUUUUCAGAGUUGAUGGUUGUGGAGUUGUCGGUACCAGAGGUCAAUUGAUUUUACGGGAUGCUAAUGGAGAUGCUUUGCUUCUUAUUCGUAGAAAGGAAGGAAUGGUUGAGGCCUUAAGCAUUCAUAGGAAGUGGAAGGGUUUAACUUUUGAUUAUGAAGGACGUCCAAAGCUGGUUUUCAUCUUGAAGGAGCCCAAGAAAUCAUGUUUAGCAUACAAUAAUACCAUCAAAAUAUCUCUUCUGCCAACCAACAACAAUAGUGACUUUUAUGUUCGAGGUUAUUUCUCCGAUAAAGAUUGUACUAUUGUUGAUUCAACUGGCUACACUGUUGCUCAGAUUGGAGUAACGAAAGAAAUAGAAGAAUUAAUGGCAAGCAAGGAUGUCUACCACGUAAUUAUAAAGCCAGGAAUGGACAAAGCUUUUAUAUUUGGCGUCAUUGCUAUUCUGGACUAUAUUCAUCACGAAUCCACUAGUUGCUAG